UUGGCAGUUGAUGAGUAGAUUUAAAAAAUAUAUAUAAAUAUUUAGAUAUAGGUAGACAGUCAGUCAGAUAGAUAAACAGUCAGGUGGACAGAUAGAUUAAACUGAUUGAUUAUAGAUAGAUUGGCAGUUGAUGAGUAGAUUUAAGUAUAUAUAUAAAAAGAUAUAGAUAUACAAAUAGACAGACAGAUAUACAGUCAGAUGGGCUGAUAUAUUAAAUUGACAGACAUACAAAUAGAUUGAUUGAUUAUAGAUAGAUUGACAGUUGAUGAGUAUAUUUAUGUAGAAAAAGAUUGACUUUAGUCAGACAGAGACACAGACGGUCAGACAAGAAAGAUAGUGGGACAGAGAAUGUGAAGACUACAUAAUGAGAGAUAGUGGUGAGAGAGGAAUGAGCGAGAGGUAGAGAGAGCGCGCGCUACAGUCGCUUGGCGGAGCUGGCGCGCGCACACUCGUCCUCCUCCUCCUCCUCCUCUGCAGAUCUGAAGCGGCUUUCUUUCUCACUCACGCGCGCGCACACACACACUUCCCGCACGCUCCCGCUCACUGCCCCGUUUCCUCACCCGGGGAAACGCACAGCGCGUGGAUUUACAGCGCACGGGCUACUUGUUGAUGUUGACCGCGCGCGGGAAUGGGGCAGAAGAGUCUCGCGACCACCCGCCCGACCGGCCGCGUGCAGCUGCGCGGAGGGGCUUCUCCAGAGCGGGAGACUGAGUGAGAGGAGUAGCUCCUCCACUGUCCCUCACACAGCCCGGCUCUACACCGCCUCUCCUCUCCUCCUCACACCCCAAACACACACGGCUGCAAGCAUGAAAGAGAGCAGGCCCAAAUUUAGGCGGUGAGCUAUCUAUCCUCCAAGGGUCGUAUCUCUGGGAGCCCUUCAGCAACACUCCUUUUUCUUUUUGCUCCGGUUUUAAAGAGAGAACCCUCCAGGAGAGAGAUGAUCAAGACAGGCUCUCGCUCCACCAACUCACUGCCUCCAGAGCCGGUGGAGAUCAUCAGGAGUAAGGCAUGCUCCCGCAGGGUGAGGCUCAACGUCGGAGGGCUUCUCCACGAGGUGCUGUGGAGGACUCUAGACCGGCUUCCGCGCACCAGACUGGGCAAACUGCGAGACUGCAAUACCCACGAGUCCAUCAUGGAGGUCUGCGAUGACUACAACUUGGACGAUAACGAGUACUUCUUUGACAGGCAUCCGGGAGCCUUCACGUCCAUCCUGAACUUCUACCGCACUGGGAAGCUGCACAUGAUGGAGGAGAUGUGUGCACUCUCCUUCAGCCAGGAGCUGGACUUUUGGGGGAUUGAUGAAAUUUACCUGGAGUCCUGCUGCCAGGCUCGGUACCAUCAGAAGAAGGAGCAGAUGAACGAGGAGCUGAAGCGUGAAGCUGAGACCAUGAGGGAAAGAGAAGGCGAGGAGUUUGACAACACGUGCUGCACGGAGAAGAGGAUGAAACUUUGGGAUCUUUUGGAGAAGCCCAGUUCAUCUUUCGCAGCCAAGAUUUUGGCCAUCAUCUCAAUCCUGUUCAUCGUGCUGUCCACCAUCGCUCUAUCUCUCAAUACACUUCCAGAGUUACAAGACAUAGAUGAGUUUGGGCAAGCAACAGACAACCCUCAGCUGGCUCAUGUAGAAGCAGUUUGUAUUGCUUGGUUUACCAUGGAAUACCUUCUUCGGUUUCUCUCUUCACCUAAUAAAUGGAAGUUCUUUAAAGGCCCACUCAACAUCAUCGACCUGCUAGCUAUUCUUCCAUACUAUGUCACCAUCUUCCUGACAGAAUCCAACAAGAGUGUGCUGCAGUUCCAAAACGUGCGGCGAGUGGUGCAGAUCUUUCGGAUUAUGCGAAUUUUAAGAAUCCUUAAAUUGGCUCGUCACUCCACAGGACUGCAGUCACUGGGAUUCACGUUACGGCGCAGUUACAAUGAACUGGGCCUACUAAUCCUUUUCUUAGCCAUGGGCAUUAUGAUCUUCUCUAGCUUGGUCUUCUUUGCAGAGAAAGAUGAAGAAGACACAAAAUUCAAGAGCAUCCCAGCCUCCUUCUGGUGGGCCACCAUUACCAUGACCACUGUAGGCUAUGGGGAUAUCUAUCCCAAGACUUUGUUAGGAAAGAUAGUUGGUGGUCUUUGCUGCAUUGCAGGAGUGCUUGUCAUUGCCCUACCCAUCCCUAUUAUUGUUAACAACUUCUCUGAGUUCUAUAAGGAGCAGAAGAGACAGGAGAAAGCCAUCAAGCGUCGUGAGGCUCUAGAGAGGGCCAAGAGGAAUGGUAGUAUAGUGUCUAUGAACAUCAAGGAUGCUUUUGGUCGAAAUUCAGAGCUCAUGGAUGUAGUGGUGACAGAGAAGACUGAAGAAAACAUGGUGAAAAAAGAGAAAGGACAGGACAACGGUAAUACAUCCCCCACCCGCUGGAAGUGGACACCCAAACGCACUACAUCAGACACCAGUUCCAACAAGUCUUUCACUGGGCAGGAGCAAGCCUCUCCAGUUAGAGCCACCAGUCCAUCCAGCCCACAACAUCUCAAUGUUCAGAAGUUAGAAGAAAUGUACAACAAAAUGGGAAAGACCCAGUCCCAGCCAAACCUGAACAGUAAGGAGCGAGGUCCAUUAUCUAAAUCAGGCAGAAAGAGGGAUGAAAUGGAAAUGAGAAGCAUCCAUGCCGACAGAGCACACACCACAGCUGAAGGUGUGAUGGAUAUGAGAAGCAUGUCAAGCAUUGACAGCUUCAUCAGCUGUGCUACAGACUUUCUAGAGAGUUCAAGAUUCUCACACAGCCCAAUCUCAACCCAGCCCAGCAGAGUCAGCGCCAACCCAGGCCUGGAGACAACCCUCGAGCAUGAGUCUAUGAAAAAUCCCGUUGGUCCACCCAAGCCUGGACGGACCAUGUUCUCAGACAGUCCCCGGGGUAUAAGGAUCAGCAACCCCCUAAAGACAAGAUCCCUCAAGGUCAACUUUUUCUCAGGAGAAACCACAGGCCCUACUGCAGGUUCAACCCAGGGAGGAGGCUCUGCUGCCCUUUCAGACAGUUCUGUCGUCUCGGAUCGCUCCAUAAUGAGUCCAGAAGUGUCCGUCUACACCACUGCCAGCUGCAAGACUCCACCGAAGACUCCUGAGACACUGAUUCCAACUGUUUUCACAUUUCAUGAUGCAUCCAUAAGCAAGUACAUUGAUGCAGACACAGAUGAAGAUGAUCAUCUUCAAGAUGGACCAGGUUCUAGUCCAUCAGAUCGUCUCUUAGGGAACACCAGCCCUAAGCUCAGCAACAGCUCUCACCAACGGGGAGCAAACCACCUUGAUUUGUCCCAGAGGAUGCUGGGACAAAAUAGCCUGUUCUCUUUGGAGGGCCGGUCAGGGAGUGGACAAGAGAACCAUGUGAUUUCAGGAGACAGAGGGCACUCUAAAACAAUCAAUGAAAAUAACUGAAACAGGGAAUGUAGCCUGAAACAACUGGAAUUAUGAAUGGUAGCAAUGGGAACAUAAGACACUCAUGAUGACAAUUAAACCUACACAUUUCCAAAUCUGAGCAAAACACACACACCAGAAGAGAUGCACUUCCAUGGAUAUAGAAUACUCUGUAGACACUUUAGGAGAAAAUCAGUUUGCUGCUUGAGUCAGCAAGGACCGUUGGAAUGACAACAGACUACUAAGAAUAUUUGGUUAUGACAGAACUUAAGAAAGGUUGACAGUGUCAUGGUUGACAUUUCCAAGCCCGAGCCCCAACUCUUUUUAAUCCCACUCUCUAGAACUGGGUACCUACUGAAGCCAUUCUGUGCGAUGAGCAAUUUCACAGUUUCUUUUUCCAAGUAUGAUUCUUCCUCAAAACUGGCCUUAGUUUUAUGAGCUGACAGUAUGUGUUGUCUUUGCGAGUGUGGGUGUGUGUGUUUAAGCAAGAGGGUGCGCAUGAAUGCCAGAGAGAAUGCCAGAGAGAGAGAUAGAGGCAGAAUGAGCAAGAUAUAGAGAGACCAAAACAGUGAAAGGGAAUGUGUAAACAGCUGACAUCAGUGUCCCAACAGAUGUAUCAUCUUAUGUGUACAAAUGCUCUAUGUUUUCAAUACAAUCUUUUUUUAAGACAGAUUAAAUAUAUAAGUUUGUGUGAUUUCCUUUCUCCUUUGCCUGAUAUAUCUUGAACAUUGCUCUGUGGAGAAAUGCAGGUGCAGUGUUUCCAGAGGACACGUCCACUGUGAUUCACCAUCUUUGGUCAAACCAUGUUGCAGCCCAUUGUCAAGAGGACUUCGUAAUUCAUGUGUCACUUGUCAGAUAUACUUGUUCUAUUGUUUGUACAGCUCUGUUUAAUCUUUGGUUUUUUUUUUUGUUUUUUUUUUGUUCUUUCUCUUUUUUUAUGUGACUGCUCUUCCUCAACUGCUUUUAAAAGGCAAUUGGAUCAUCUACAUCAAACAUCAGUGGAGCCAUGCUCCUUGGUUGAUUGGCUGAUAUCAGUCAGCAUGUUUGGAACUAAAGCAACUGUUCCCAGAACUCAACGGACAGCACUGAAAAAAACACACUGUUUUUUUUUUUCUUUACAGCAUUCAGGAAUGAAAAAGUUUGAAUACUUUGUUGAUUGUAUAAAAGAACAAUGCUGGGAGUGAUAUACUGUUCCUGGUAGCUAGGUACUUCAGCUCUGGUGGAAUACAAUAGACUUUGGUGCAGUACAAAAAAGAAAGAAUUAAAAAUGUAUAUUUUUAAAAUAUUUUCUAAACAAUGAAACUUAGAUGAAUAAAUUAUGCUAAUCUCUUAGUUUUGCAUUCCAAUAUAAAUAGUAUGAAAUAUUUAUUUUAAAGGGAUUGUAUUUACUAGAUAAUUUGGUGAGAAAAUCUCUUUGUAUUGUUUGCUACUGUCUCCUGGUCUAUGUAUUUGUUGUGAAAUAUUUCUGUCCUUUAAUUCAUUUAUCUUUUGUGUGAUAAAUGGAGCCAAAGAGUUGUUCACAAAUGCGGCUGACACAAAUAAUCCCCUUAACAGUCUCCGGUUAAGUCAGGGCAGGACUAAGCAGUCUAUAAAGUCAAACUCUGGGCACCACAAAGCAGCCAGGACUAUGUGUUCAGUCUAUGUGCAUUGACUGUAUUCAAGGGAUAUUUUUUAAAACAGUUUUGAUAUUAUUGUUUACUUUAUCUAAUGACUGCCACAAAUAAGGAACUUUUCACAGGAGCACACUGGCCAUACACACAAUUCAUCAAGACAGAGGACACACAAUUGCUCAGAGAGAUUCAGCACAAAAUCACAUGACAUCUCAGAUUUGCAGCAAAUACUGCCCUGCCUUAGUUUGUCAGUAAGUAAGAGAUUUGAAAGAUUCCAGACAUUACAAAUACAGAUACAGAUAACAGAGAUGGGCAUUUGCUGUCUUAGAAGCCAUAUUACAUAGAAAUGCAUCAUCAUGCAAACUCGCUCAAGAGUCAAUGUGCCACAUGCACAUGUGGACAUUUUAUAAGCACACAAACAUCCUUAACACUUUUGUUUGUGGCGCAGAGUAGGCUACUUAAUCAAAAUACUGUACAAUUUGUACACUAGCAAAAGAGUCCUUGAGACUGCAGCUGUCCUAGUGUCCUACCUGCCCCAUGUGUGACAGAUUCAGGUCACAUCCAUCUCAUUCUAUUGAUCCAGCUCUCUUGUGCUCCCAAUCAAAUGAAAGAUUUACUGCCAGACAUACUAAAGCCAUUAGCACAGGUGCUAAUUGCAUCCGUGUUCACUUAUAACCGCAGAUUGGUGCAUGACCAAGCAAUGAGUAGCUCGACUGAUAAUUACUUGCUCUGAAAGGUUUCGCCUGAGCUGAAUGUCUGCCACCGCGCUGAAGGCGUUUGAUAUGUAGAAAUAAUAAUAUGACAUUUUCAAAAAUUCCACUUGUGCAUGAGGCGGACUAAAAAUAGGACAGGCCUUGGAAAGAAAAAAAUAACUUAUUUAGAUGAUGCUGUCCUGUUUUCCUCUCUGGCUGUUGAUGUUUUUACAUUAAAAGAGGUGAAUACUUUG